AUGGCCGCCAAAGGAGUGGAGCACAUGAAUAAAAGAUAUCAAGAGGCUUUUGAUUUAAUAAAAUAUGUGUUUAAGAUUGAUGAGCUGUACGAUGAUCAAAUGAAAUUGAUAAAAGCUUUUUGCAAUGAUCAAAAUAUUUUCUUUAACGCUCCAACGGGAUAUGGAAAAUCCAUUGUAUUCCAGUCACUACCUUGGGUUUAUGAUAUACUUCAAGAACAAACAAUUGGAAUUUCAACACUAAUUGUGAUCUUGCCAUUAAAAACUUUAAGGGAAGAUCAAUGUAACCACAUGAAAGAGAUUGGUAUUUCUUCAAUUGCUCUGUAUUCGGAGAGCAGUUCGAAUGCUACAACGGCAAGCGAUUGCGAGUAUGAAAAUAUUCUUAAAAACGUGAGAGAAGGCGAAUAUUCCUUGGUGUUUGCUUUCCCCGAAUGUUUACUUGGUAAAAAAGCGUGGAGAAACAUUUUGUGCUCUGAAGAAUUUCGAGAUCAUUGUAUUGGAGUAGCAUACGACGGAGCACACAUAAUAGCACAAUGGUAG